AUGUUGGGCAGCAAGAUAAAGAGAUCCGGAAAUGUAUUAGACAGCAAGGUAGAAGGAUGGGAGAGGAAUGGAGAUAAAAUAAAAGAAUAUGAACGGAUGAAACAAGGGCCUGAAGGAACGCAUCAUACAGACUUCAGAAAUGUUUCCUUUGCAAUGACGGGGUCUGAAAUUCGUGACACAAACGAACGAAUGACGGGGUCUGAAAUUCGUGACACAAACAAACGAAUGACGGGGUUUGAAAUUCGUGACACAAACGAACGAAUGAUAAGGUCUGAAAUUCGUGACAUAGACGAACGAAUGAUAAGGUCUGAAAUUCGUGACACAGACAAUCGAAUGACGGUGUCUGGAAUUCGUGACACAUACAAACGAAUGAUGGGGUCUGAAAUUCGUGACAUUGACGAACGAAUGAUGAGGUCUGAAAUUCGUGACACUGAGAAUCGAAUGACGGGGUCUGAAAUUCGUGACACAUACAAACGAAUGAUGGGGUCUGAAAUUCGUGACAUAGACGAACGAAUGAUGAGGUCUGAAAUUCGUGACACAGAGAAUCGAAUGAUGGGGUCUGAAAUUCGUGACACAGACGAACGAAUGAUGGGAUCUGAAAUUCGGGACACAGACGAACUAAUGACGGGGUCUGAAAUUCGUGACAUAGACGAACGAAUGAUGACGUCUGAAAUUCGUGACACAGACGAACGAAUGAUGACGUCUGAAAUUCGUGACACAGACGAACGAAUGAUGACGUCUGAAAUUCGUGACAUAGACGAACGAAUGAUGAGGUCUGAAAUUCGUGACAUAGACGAACGAAUGAUGAGGUCUGAAAUUCGUGACAAAGAUGAAAGAUUGACAGGGUCUGAAAUUCGUGACACUGACGAACGAAUGACGGAGUCUGAAAUUCGUGACAAAGAUGAACGAUUGACAGGGUCUGAAAUUCGUGACACAGACGAACGAAUGACGGAGUCUGAAAUUCGUGACAAAGAUGAACGAUUGACGGGGUCUGAAAUUCGUGACUCAGACAAACGAUUGACGAGGUCUGAAAUUCGUGACAUAGACGAACGAAUGAUGAGGUCUGCAAUUCGUGACACAGACGAACGAAUGACGGAGUCUGAAAUUCGUGACAAAGAUGAACGAUUGACGGGGUCUGAAAUUCGUGACACAGACGAACGAUUGAUGAGGUCGCAAGUUCUCGACAGACGAACGAAUGACGGAGUCUGA